AUGGAGCGACGUACACCUUACGAUCCUGCGCUUCGGGGCUUCGUGGGACGCAGUAAUAGCUCGUCAUUCGACCCCGAGAACGAUUCAGAGGACGCUGAACUGCUACGACAGAGGCUACUGGCCGCUGCAUUGAGCACACCCGUGAGUGGUGACGCUGUGAGCUCCAGACUUCUGCAGGCUUUGCCUCAACUGACCAUUGGCCAGUUCUUACAGGAUUUAAACAACCAAACGCCACCGUGGAGAGGCUUCACAACAGGAAGACAGGACUCUGACGAGACUGCAGCUCAAGCUGACGAGACAGGCAGACUUUUACCCACUGAGGGGCGAGGAGAAGGCUCUCCACCGAGGACUCGACGGAGACUGAGCUCCGAGUCGUCCAUGUACUCCAUGUCAGCCAGUGGAGAGCUGGAACGAAGUGAUAGUACUGAGGCUCAAUCAGGGAAUACAGCAGAAACUACUACUGCUACGCGACCGAAUGGACGUACAGGGAGGACGAGACGCAAUUCAGACGAAGAAGGCGAAGAUCAGACGGCGCUAGACGAACUACAGGCACUUUUCCGCCGAUGCCACAACUCGCUCCCGUUUGUGGCGUUAUUCCUCAUCUACUUUGCGUACCAACACGCGACUGGCAUCUUAGUGUUCGUAGUUGGGACCGUGGCAGUGAUGGGACUCGAUCAGCGCAUGCGAGCGCAAGUUGCGCUCAAGGAGAAGGCCAAUAGUUGGCAUCUUCUCGGAAUUGUAGCCAUGUGUGCCAUUGACAUGGUCGCGAUAUGCUCGGUGGAUGGCCAGCCGAAUCCUUUGCGUCAUUUCUCCCAGAUCCUCCACUCAACUACAGCGCAGGGCAGUGGCAGUGACAGUGGACUUGUCUCGACUGGAGGAAUCUUCUGGCAGGUGCUGUGGACGGUGCUUGUCAACGACUUCCUGAUUCGACUCUGGAGUAUCGUCGUCAAGGCGUUUGUAGCUGGAGCCAAGUCAGAUCGAUUCCAGUGCGAAAGGAAGCACAGAGACGACGUUUCGACGAAUGAGGAUGAGGCUGCUGCGACUAUAACGAUCGCAGAGGUAGAAGAUGAAAGCUCUACGGUGGAGACGCCACUCACGCAGCGUGUAGUGUCGACCGUUGCCUUUUACCGCAGAAAGCGGAAGUUGUAUGGACUCAUCGAGAUGUGCUCAAUCUUCCUCCGAUCGCUGCUCGCCAGUAUCCCCUGGUGCAGCUUCUACCAGCUCUGUGCCUCCAAGUUUAUGGCCGACGUGUUUACCUUCGCCUACGUCUUUAUCAAGGGUUUAAUUCUUGCCACUCAAGGCCGACGUAUCUUCAACCUCGCACGAUCGUUCGUCACGUUGGGGCUUGAGUUCGGAGUAUACGUCACCCACGAUGAGCUCGUGGAAGCAGGAUCUCCAGACUGCUCCAUCUGCUACGAGACCAUGCGUCAACCUGUCAAGCUCGCGUGCUCGCACAUGUUCUGUGAAGAGUGUGUGACGGAAUGGUUCGACCACGAGCGUUCGUGUCCUUUAUGCCGAGCCAGUGUGGGCUCAGGUCCGUCUGCCGAGGAAAGCGUCAAGCCCCAUUUUUUGGACGGUCGCACAAGUCUCGUGCCACAACUUUUGUAG